CGUGUGGCGACCAUUAGAGACCUUCCCCAACCUGGGGAUUGCAGGUUUCUGAACUCCCCUUCUUUGAAAUGACCUGGGCGCCUGCUAGAUUGCGGAAUUCAUAAUCAUCUGCCGCAGGUCCGGUUGAACGAAUAUCCACAAUGCCGACAGAUACCUGCAGGCCAUCUUGACACUGCGUUCAUGGUGCACCUACAUCAAACGCCCCCGGGGCUCGUCCAAGGGAUAGACGACAGCGUCAGCUUUACCACCGAGCUGCUCUUGGCCGUCUUUCUCGCCCUCGCCCUUUCUAACUCCCUGGAGCUGAUCACGCUCUCCUGCUGGACAUUUCGCGAAUGGCGGGGGUUAUAUUUCUGGUGCCUUCUCAUCUCAUCUAUCGGCAUGAUCCCCUAUACCAUUGGGUCUAUACUCCAUUACUGGAAUGUCGCACCCCUUGCAGCCAGCCUGCCCGUGGCUUGGGUUGGCUUUAUCGCAACCGUCCCCGUUCAAUCGCUUAUCCUUUACUCACGCCUGUUUCUUGUUUUCUACCACGAAACGUUCCUCCGCUUCCUCCUGGAUGGGAUUAUUAUCGUCAUCAUUCUCCUGGUCGUCCCGAAUUCGAUUUCCAUGUAUGGCUCGGCAUUCAUCGGUACACCUACCUGGAACUACGCCUAUGCUGUCACUGAGCGACUCCAGGUCACGGGGUUCUGUGUCCAGGAACUCUUCAUCUCUAGUAUCUAUAUAUGGUCAACUGUGAAACUUCUCAAAGUUAGUCCCGAGGGAAAGAGUCGGGCCAAAAAGAUCAUGUACGAGCUGCUGGCCAUCAACACCAUCACCAUGAUCCUCGACAUCGCCGUGAUUUCGGUGGAAUACUUGAAUCACUACUCAGUCCAGGUCUGUCUAAAGGUGUUUGUAUACAGCGUCAAGGUUAAGCUGGAAUUUGCGGUCCUGGGUAGGCUUGUUGCUAUUACGAAAACGCGGAGGACAAAACAAGCCGAUAGGGUGCGGAGGACCUCGUUUAUUCGCAACGCCAAUACCUUCUCCGACUUUACCAGUGGAGGCGCAAAUGGAGACCACUCGGCUCAACGCCCGCCCUCACUGACUGGCGCGGGGAUCGACUGGUCCGGCUCUACGAGGAAAGCUUCGGGGAAUGCUCCACAGCCGGGUGCUAUGGAGCAAGUGAGACCUGCAACAAUGUGAUAUAACCAGCAUAUUCUGUUAUGUACAUAAACGAUAUGAAUCUGAAAAACGAACUUUUAUACUUUAUGAAGGUUGAAUGUUUCAAAUACACCGCGUUGGUAUAAAUCUUGAAGAUGCUCC